AUCUUUGCCUGAGGCCCACUUUUGUUUCUCUGUGAGGGGAAACACUGAGAACAUCAUGGCUCCAGAACGGUUGGCCUUUGCCAGUUCCUACUACUUUAUGUUUGAUGUUCUCAAACUAGAAUGCAGGUGUAGUAGUCUAAGCCUUCCAAUGUUAGUAAGUUAGAUAUAUUGUUACCAUUUGUCUUCCGUGUUUGUUCAUCUGCCUGUUGGCUUGCUGUACUGAGGUGAUGAAUGUAUUACAAUAGCAGAUUAUAGGUUACUCACUGUGUCUGAACUGGCUAUAAUUAGCAAGACCAUGAACUUGUGCUUUGAGAGGUAAGACAGUAGGCUACAUAAAGUGAAAUAGUUGUCCAUAUGUUGGCCUGUUAAUAAAGUAUAAGAAACAAAAAUAUAGAGCUCUUAAUAUGAAAAGACACCAGACCAAGUGAAUUUGGAUGAGGGUCAAUUAAGUAGGCCAUAUGAAACACAGUGAAUUUGGGGGGGUCAUUUAGGUACUAGGCUAUAUGAAACAGACAUUUUCUCCUCGCUAUGCCUGUCAAUCACGGACGGGGUCAAGAGUGCCUCUCGGCGUGGAUGCUCGAGCGGCUGGCGUUUGCCGCGAACAUUCACGCUCUUGCCAUCUGAGCACCUGUCAGAGACCGUGGUUUCAGAUAACCAUUUGUCACCCCUUGUCGCAUCCUUUAACUUAAGGAACAGGCCUAACAGGACAUUGAAAUCACCGAGAUGUCUUACAACGCACUCGGCGCUCAAAGUUUUGUUGCCAUUUCGGAGUUGCAUCCAAACACUUUACAUCCGAGAGUUGCUGGUGUAAUUAUUGGAAAAACGGACGUCAAAAGCUUCCCAGACAGAAAAAAUAUUGGCUUUGACAGAUUCACGUUUGGCUUCACCGUCAAAGACUCUGUCGACUACUUCAUCAAUGUGACGUCAUGGGGCGGCGAAGGCUACAUCAACAGUCUCUCUGGCAGCUUCAGUAUUGGAGACUGUGUCAUCAUUGAAAAUCCUCUAGUUGCUACUAAAGAUCCUGACAAAGAGGAUAAAUUCUGCCCUUCUACUCCAAGUUUCUACAGGCUGCUGGUGACGGAGGCUCACUCCCGGGUGUGUCUCUGUGCAGACACGGAGGCCAUAGAGCGGCUGCUGCCGCUGCUGCACCUGCCUGUGAAGGACCCCAGAGACUUCUACUCCCUGGGGGACAUCGUGGCCAACGGACAGAGUCUGGACGGGAGCGUCAUCAACAUCCUGGCUGCCGUGAGAUCCAUUGGUGAGCCAAAGUUUUUUACCACAUCAGACGGUCGCAAGGGCCAGAGGCUGGAGGUGAAGCUGUUUGACGACUGCGUCCCCUCCUUCUCCUUGGUCUGCUGGGAUAGGGAGGCCAUCCAGCUGGUCCAGAGCUUGCUGCCCAGAGAGACAGUGCUUUUUGUCUCAGACGCACGCGUCGGUUUCGACAGCUUCCGGAACUGCAUGGCAGCCACGGUCAACUCCAAAACCAUCGUCACCGUCAACCCUGACACUAAGGAGGCCAGCCUGCUGUUCAGCUAUGCUAAGGAGCUGUCUGACUCUGGGGCUCUGGAGGAAGAAGACAGGCCAGGAGAUGUUCUUGUGGAGUCCAUCAGUGACGUAUACACAGUCAGUGAGCUGAAGCUGAGAGCCCAGGAGAACCCAGAGGGCUUCUGUGGGAUCACCUACAGCUUCAUGUCCAAGCUGGACCUGGACUCCUCUGUGUCCAGGGUCAUCAGGAGCAGGUGUUCCAAGUGCAGGUACCAGGUCAGUGAGGACCUGCAGAGCUGCAAUAACCCCUCCUGUCCAGCAGGGGGCCAACCGCUGAGCAUCACCACAGGGUUUGACCUACUGGUUGAUGUUACUGACCACACUGGAACCCUGCAGUCCUGCUACCUCAACAGCAGCGCUGCAGAGAAGACCCUGGGCUGCACCCCUGAGGAGUUUGCCAGUUUAACUGAUGACGAGCGAACGGCCUUGAAGUGGAGGUUCCUCUUGGAGAGAUGCAAGAUCUACCUGAAGAUCCUUCCAUCUCCUAAGUCCAGGAAUGGCGUGAGAGGGAGUGUGCUGGCCUGUUCUCUGGCUGACCCUGGGGAGGUCAAGCAGAGCCUGGCUGCAGGCCUGCAGUAACUGUUACCAGCCUCAGUCUGUGUCUGUUCCAGUCUGGUCUAGUUGUGUCAUGUGUGUUGGGUCUAUAGAUUGAUGGCUAGUAUCUCAGGGACUAAUUGUAACUCAUAAAGGACAGAACACAUAUUUGAAAUGCUGGUUUGAGAAGACUUGCUGAAAA